AUGAACCCACAACGGCACUCGUUCACCGCGCUCAACUCGACCUUCAUCGUCGACUCCGAGUACGGCUUCGUCAAGGAACUCGGCCAGGGCGCGUACGGCUGCGUCGUCGCUGCCAAGCACCGCCGCUCCGGCGAAGGCUGCGCGAUCAAGAAGAUCACCAACAUCAACACAAAGAGGAUCCUGACGAAGCGGUGUCUGCGCGAGAUCAGACUCCUCCAUCACUUCCGGGGCCACAAGAACAUAACAUGCCUGUACGAUAUGGACAUUGUCUUCCAGCCCAACGGCAACUUUGACGAGGUCUACCUCUACGAAGAGCUCAUGGAAGCCGAUCUGCACGCCAUCAUCCGCUCCGGCCAGCCGCUCACCGACGCGCACUUCCAGUCCUUCCUCUACCAGACGCUCUGCGGGCUCAAAUACAUCCACUCCUCCAACGUCCUCCACCGCGACCUCAAACCCGGCAACCUGCUCGUCAACGCCGACUGCGAGCUCAAGAUCUGCGACUUUGGCCUCGCGCGCGGCUACUCGCCCGGCGGCGGCGCGUCCGCGAGCGCGGGCAACCAGGGGUUCAUGACCGAGUACGUCGCGACGCGGUGGUACCGCGCGCCGGAGAUCAUGCUCAGCUUCGCCAACUACACGACCGCGAUCGACGUGUGGAGCAUCGGCUGCAUUCUCGCUGAGCUGCUCGGCGGAAAGCCGAUAUUCAAGGGCCGCGACUACGUCGACCAGCUGAACCAGAUCCUGCACUACCUCGGCACGCCCUCGGAAGACACCCUGCGCCGCGUCGGGUCUCCCCGGGCACAGGACUACAUCCGCUCGCUGCCGAUCAAGCCGCGGGUGCCGUUCAGCACGCUAUACCCGAACGCGAACCCGCUCGCGAUCGACCUGCUCGGGCAGAUGCUGUGCUUUGACCCCGCGCGGCGGAUCUCGUGCGAGCAGGCGCUGAACCACCCGUAUCUGCAGGUCUGGCACGAUCCCGCGGACGAGCCCGUCUGCGAGCAGAAAUUCGACUUUUCGUUCGAGGAAGAGGACAGCAUCGACGGGAUGAAGAAGCUGAUCGUCGAGGAGGUGCGGGACUUCCGGGCCGAGGUGCGGCACCAGGCGCGCGGGGGCAGCCAGAUGCGCAGGCAGGAUUCGUACGUCUCUCUUUGCUCGCAUCGUGUGGGUGAACCACCAUCUUAUUUUCGUGCGCCACCAGGCUUCCGAUUCCGACAAGGGACGACAUCCUCGCGUCGCCGGUGCAGGAGUACGGCCCGCACCACGGUGCGACGUCGGGAUACACGCAGCAGAACCCUAAUGGGCACGCGCGGGCGGCGAGCCCUGUGA